AUGGCUGCAGCCCAGGUCGGCCCGGCCCGGCCCGCGGGCCCUGCUCGCUCUCCCAGUCCCAGAGCUGCCUUUGCCGCGCCCGGGAGCCAAUGGCCCGCCGAGCCCUCGCCGCCGCCGCCGCCGCGCCCCCAGUCAGCGCUCCAUCACUGGCCGCAGCGCGCAGGCGCACCCCCCGAGGGAAGUGGGGGCAAUGGGGUGCGCCCCAGGAGAGGGGAACCUGGUGGGCCAGGAAUCGGGUCCCUGGACAUGGUGCUGGUCCUCCUGGUGCAGGUCUGGGCCUUGCAAGAAGCCACAAGCCUGAGUGUGCGGCAGGGGCCCAGGUUUCUCCAUGUGAGGCAGGACAGCCAGGUGACCUUGGCCUGUCAGGUGGUGCUCACCCAAGCCUGGGAGCAGCUUCGUGUCUGGUGGACCAAGGACCAUGACGUCUUGUGCGGCCUCCUCCUCUUCACCAACGGCAAUCUCAGCCUGGAGGACUGUGGGCCCCGGGGAUGGCUUUCCUGGCAACCUCCUGGCAAUUUCACCCUGCAACUGGACCACGUGAGCCUCAGGGACGGUGGGAACUACGUGUGCUGGGCGGCCGUGGAGAUUCCUGAGUUGGAGGAAGCCGAGGGAAAUGGGACACAGCUCCUGGUGGAAAGAGAUGGCUGGCUGACGAACCCGAACCAGAUUAGCUUCCCAGGUGCCCCGCCCGCGCGUCCCUCCUCCAGCUCCGCCCCUGCCCCGCUCCCAUCUGACCGCCUCCUACCCUACCCAGCCCCCAACGCAGGACUUCUCGCGCUGCUGGUGGCGGGGGGCGUUGCCGUGGCCGCUGUCGCGCUGGCCGCCUGGAUCUGGGGCCGCCGCCGCUGCGGGCAGCAGGACACAGGGAACCGUGCAGGGAAUCCCCUCUACAGCAACGUCCUGUACUGGCCCCGGAGGGCCCCAAAGACUGAGGCAUGGCCUGUGGAGGGGAAGGCGCUGGACAUCCCCAGAGAGGGCCAGAAAGGCCAGAGCUUCUACUCCGUCUCUUUCUCCAAGCGCCCCAGCCCCCAGCAGCGUCAGGCCCCCAGACCUUGCCCCGGCCCCAGCCCCAAUCACCCCAUCUCUACCGGCGGAGUGUCUCCUGGCCCAGGCCCCUCCCGACAGCCAAGGCCAAGAGGGCCCCCUGAACUGAGAGGAGGAACGGAGACUCUGGAGACCCGGACAGGGCCCCCCUGUGGCCACACGAAGCCGCGACUGAUUCCAGGGGAACUGGGGGGCCCAGCAGCCCAGCCCAUUUCUUUCAGGGAAGGCCCCUGUCCUCAUUUCUGUGGCGCUGGACCUCUCACUUGCCCCCAGCACACUCAAUAAAGGCUUGUAGAGAAAGCAAAGCUAGGCUUUGUGGCGA